UCCAACGAGCUGGCGGGGGCGAAAGAUGGCGACGCCCCUGGGGUGGUCGCAGGGGGGGUCGGGGUCGGUCUGUCUCGCCUUCGACCAACUGCGGGACGUGAUUGAGUCUCAGGAGGAACUGAUCCACCAGCUGAGGAACGUGAUGGUUCUCCAGGAUGAAAAUUUUGUCAGUAAAGAAGAGUUUCAGGCAGUAGAGAAGAAGCUGGUGGAAGAGAAAACUGCUCAUGCCAAGACCAAAGUUCUCCUGGCCAAGGAAGAGGAGAAACUGCAGUUUGCCCUGGGAGAGGUAGAGGUGCUAUCUAAACAGCUGGAAAAAGAGAAGCUGGCCUUUGAAAAGGCGCUUUCAAAUGUUAAAAGCAAAGCCCUGCAGGAGUCUAGCAAGAAGGACCAGCUCAUCACCAAAUGCAAUGGAAUCAUAUAUCUGACUGCCAGAUCCAGAAGCAGCAGGAGAACUACAUGGCCCAGGUGCUGGACCAGAAGCAUAAGAAAGCUCCCGGGACCCAUCAGGCCCACAGGCGUCAGCGUCGCAGGGAAAAAUAAAAUGUGGUCGCUUUGUUUUGGCUAUAAUACUGACCUCUGCCUUCUCUGCUGUGGGGCUUCCUAUUCCUACCAAUCUUGUCCCAAUUCCCCAACACGUACAAUGCCCCCUCCCCUCAGGCCUUACCAAGAGGAGCGGGAGGGCAGCAGGCACGACGUCCUGCCUGUCUCCUGGGCCUCAGUGACCUGAAGCGUUGGGGCAAGCCUUGGACAACACCUGUCAGGACAUGCCUGACCCAAGGAUGCUGCCCGGAUCUCAA